AGUUUCCGUCUCGAUCGAAUCGCAAGUAAAGCGAGGGCGGCAGCGAAACUAAGCACUUCACAUUUUUAGGCGCGCUGUUUUUAUUCAUCAAUUAAUAUGGACUUAAAAGGAAAGGUUGCAUUGAUAACGGGCGCGGCUUCCGGCAUCGGCUUAGCCUAUAGCGAAGAAUUAUUAAAACAAGGUGCUAAGGUUUCCCUAUGCGACAUCGAUUCGGAGCGCGGGGAACAAGUAACAGAAAAGCUCGCUUCAAAAUAUGGCCGAAAAAACGUUUUGUUUUGUCGAUUAGAUGUUACUGACUAUCCACAAUUUGAAGAGGCAUUUGUGAUGACAGUAGAGGAGUUCAACCGGAUUGACAUUGUCAUUAAUAAUGCUGGCUUCAUGAACGACAGGCUUUGGGAACUCGAAGUCGAUGUUAAUUUGAAUGGCGUCAUCAGAGGUACGCUGCUCGCAUAUCGGUUUAUGGGGAAGGAUCGCGGAGGGCAAGGCGGUGUCAUCGUGAACACGGCCUCUACAGCAUUUGCGAGACCUCAAGUGUCGACUCCGAUCUACACAGCAACGAACUACGCUAUUGUUGGCCUCACCAGAGCUUACGGGGAUCAGUACCACGUCAAUAUGACCGGAGUGCGAUGCCUCGUCGUGUGCCCUGGACUCACGGACAGUGGUUUGGUGAAGGAUCUUGACAAGCAGCUUAUGUCUUCAAAAUACGAGACUGCUUGGCUAGGGGACAUUACAGAUUCUAAAAUGCAGAGCUCUGAUCACGUUGGGAGAGCCCUGGUGGAUGUACUCGCGAAAGGUCAAAGCGGCUCAGUUUGGAUUGUCGAAAACGCUCAGCCGGCUAGGGAGUGGCGCGGCUAAGUGUAAAUCGGCAAGGCAUUUCGUAACAUUGAGCGACAUUUAGACUUGCUAGCACAAUGAAGUUGGUUUAAUCUCGGCCGCACAUUCUAAGAAAUUUUGUUCCGCCAACGCGCACCCAUUUCACAAGUGGCGUCCUGAUUCUGAAAAUAGACAUAAUCUCCCAAGAAACAGUAAUUUGUAAGUUUAGGAUCACACAAAGACCGAAUUUUAAAAAGUAUUUAGCAAUCUAAAUAAUUUAUUCCUGAAUUUCGAGAGGGUACUCUCGAAGGCGGAAUAUUUUUACUGUACGAAAAUACUGAUAAUCGUCAAACUAUUUUUUUUAAAUUAUUACAUUAUGGUAUGUCAACAUUAAACAUCUAAUAAAAACAAAAACUGCUUGAACUUUCAACAUUGAACAUUUUUUAAAGUUCAAAGUUUAGAGCAGCAGAAAACAAACUAAUACCAGAGAUAUAUAUUAAUAACAUUUUUUAAUUUAUCCCCAACAUAAAUACAAAGUCUGAACAUUUGCGAAUCUUACCCAUAAAUUCGGUCUUUUGCUUCGGCAUUUCUGUUUCUUAUUGCCUACGUAAGAGCUCUGACGCGCUUCUGGCGAGCAUUUGGCCGAUCUAUGUGAGGUCUAAGACGUUAUCACAGACUUGUCUACAGCCUGUUUACUGGUGAUAGGACCUCUUGUGAGACCGCACGGGUAGGUACGUGAAGCAGUAAUUCGUUUCGGUUUGAAAGGUGGGGUAGCCGUUGUAACUAUACUGAGAACUUAGAACUUAUAUCUCAAGGUAGGUGGCGCACUUACGUUGUAGAUGUCUAUGGGCUCCGGUAACCACUUAACACCAGGUGGGCUGAGCUCGUCCAACCAUCUAAGCAAUAAAUAAAUAAAUAAAGCCAAGCGUUAAAUUCCCGAAAAACAUUACUUUCUUCCAAUGUGCGGCGCGACUAAAUGUGUAGCCCAAUAAUAAUAUUGUUUAUUAAUGUAACGAAAAGCCAUUUUCACCUAAUUUAAGAACUAAACUUCACACCAUCUGAUACAUACCUACUUAACUUUUUCUCGAGAGUGUACUGUUAUUAAAACUUACUUCGCAAGGGAAUUAGUAACGGAGUGCAGUGGAGUUUAAAAUUAAAAUAGGUACUAACAUAACAUAAUAACUUUUAGAAACUUUAAUAUGUAUGGAUUUCUUAAACAUUUUUAAUGCUUCACCUUAAAUUAAUACAAUAUAUUGCUCAAAGAAUGGGUACAUAAUCGCUUUCAUUCUAUUUAUAAUUUAAUGUAUGACGUAAGGAUAUUGAUCUCCUACGGUUGUGUAAAUAUUAUUUUUCAUGCAAUUUUAGAUGCGUAUUUAUAUUUAUAAUGAAAUAAAAAACCACCAAAAACAUAUUUAUACAAAAUUAGAAUCUCAUACGAUUAACAAAAUAUUUUGUGUAACGUAAGCGUUUAGAAACAAAUAUAAGAUUUAGUUUUCGACAGAACCAAUUUAAUUAAUGGUAUCGGAUCUGUAAAAUGGUACGAAUGAAAAUCGAAAAUCAGAUACUAUUUAAUUGGAUUUUUUCUCUAUAGGUUAGGAGGUAGAAUAGCCUUCCCUUUUUCCAUAGAUACCGUACAUUAUACUCGAUGCGGUAGUUACGGAGACAUUUACAGAAUUUGUACGUAGACAUGCAUAAUUUAAGUUGGAUGGUAUGUAAUUAAUUCGUUUAUGAAUUUAGAAAAAAAAAAUACAUAACAAUUUACGUUCGAUAAUUUUAUUAAACUUAUAUUUAAGAAGGGAAAAGCAAAGGGAAGUUUGCUUUUAGUUUUAUAAGAAUUUUUGUACAUUAUGUUGUUUUUUAUGCCAUGCAGAUGUAUGUUUUGUAGUAGCUUUUGUUUGAUUUGCAAAUAAAUAUUAUUCGACUUGUAUUUCAUAUCUACCUACCAGA